UCUCUCACAUGCUAGUUGAGCUUUAAUAGGGUGGGGAGUAAUGGAGAACUCAUCGGAUCUGUAAUAGCUCUUCACUUGACUGCAGCCAGCAAUAACAGCGGGAGCAGCCAGAGAUAAGAGAGAGAGGAGAGAGGGAGAGUGUGUGUGGAAGAGAGAGAGAGAAGAGAGAGGGAGAGGGAGAGAGAGGACACGCACUCUAAAGCUGCCACUUUUUUUUUCCUCCCCUUCACUCUUUUCGCCCAUCGUAGGAUCCAAUGAUAGCUGGACAAGUCAGUAAGCCCUUGCUGUCAGUGCGGAGUGAAAUGAAUGCGGAGUUGACAGGUGAGGACAAGGCUGCUACUUCAGACAGCGAGCUGAAUGAGCCCCUGCUUGCGCCUGUGGAAUCAAAUGACAGCGAGGACACUCCCAGCAAGCUCUUCGGGGCCAGAGGAAACCCGGCACUAUCAGACCCAGGCACUCCUGACCAACACCAGGCCAGUCAGACCCACCCCCCAUUUCCAGUUGGGCCACAGCCACUUCUGACGGCACAGCAGUUAGCUUCUGCUGUGGCCGGCGUGAUGCCAGGAGGCCCCCCAGCCCUCAACCAGCCAAUCCUCAUUCCCUUCAACAUGGCGGGACAGCUAGGAGGCCAGCAAGGACUGGUUCUCACACUGCCAACAGCGAAUCUCACCAACAUCCAAGGGCUGGUGGCAGCAGCUGCAGCCGGAGGCAUUAUGACUCUGCCAUUGCAAAAUCUACAAGCUACCUCAUCCCUGAACUCCCAGCUCCAGCAGCUCCAGCUCCAGCUCCAGCAGCAGCAGCAGCAGCAGCAGCAGCCUCCCCCGUCAACCAACCAGCACCCGCAGCCAGCCCCACAGGCGCCCUCGCAGUCCCAGCAGCAGCCGCUGCGGCCCACCCCACCCCAGCAGCCACCACCCGCCUCUCAGCAGCCGCCAGCUCCUACAUCUCAGCUGCAACAGGCGCCUCAGCCCCAGCAGCACCAACCCCACUCCCACUCCCAGAACCAGAACCAACCAUCUCCAACCCAGCAGAGCUCCAGCCCCCCGCAGAAACCCAGUCAGUCUCCAGGACAUGGCCUGCCUUCACCGCUCACGCCACCCAAUCCUCUACAGCUGGUUAAUAAUCCACUAGCAAGUCAGGCUGCAGCGGCUGCAGCAGCCAUGAGCUCCAUAGCAAGCUCACAGGCCUUUGGCAAUGCCCUCUCCAGUCUUCAGGGGGUCACAGGUCAACUAGUUACUAAUGCACAAGGACAGAUUAUCGGGACCAUUCCACUGAUGCCUAAUCCGGGGCCAUCGAGCCAAGCAGCAAGCGGCACUCAGGGCUUGCAAGUGCAGCCAAUCACCCCCCAGCUCCUAACAAACGCCCAGGGCCAGAUCAUCGCCACAGUCAUUGGGAACCAGAUCCUGCCCGUGAUCAACACCCAGGGCAUCACGCUGUCACCCAUCAAGCCCGGCCAGCAGCUCCACCAACCCUCCCAGACGUCAGUGGGUCAAGCAGCCUCCCAAGGCAACCUUCUGCACCUGGCUCACAGCCAAGCAUCCAUGUCUCAAAGUCCCGUCCGGCAGGCUUCCUCUUCUUCCUCCUCAUCCUCCUCUUCUUCAGCUUUGAGCGUGGGCCAGUUAGUCAGCAAUCCUCAAACGGCAGCGGGUGAGGUGGAUGGGGUUAAUCUGGAGGAGAUCCGAGAAUUUGCCAAAGCUUUUAAAAUCCGGCGCCUGUCCCUUGGCCUGACCCAGACUCAGGUGGGACAGGCUCUCAGUGCUACAGAGGGCCCCGCGUACAGCCAGUCGGCCAUCUGCAGACACACCAUCCUGAGAAGCCACUUUUUCCUACCACAGGAAGCCCAAGAGAACACUAUAGCUAGCAGUCUGACAGCCAAACUGAACCCUGGCCUUUUGUAUCCUGCCAGGUUUGAAAAGCUGGACAUCACCCCUAAAAGUGCCCAGAAGAUCAAGCCGGUGCUUGAGCGGUGGAUGGCUGAGGCUGAGGCCCGCCAUCGAGCAGGUAUGCAGAACCUGACCGAGUUUAUCGGGAGUGAACCAUCCAAAAAGCGCAAGCGGCGCACCUCCUUCACACCCCAGGCCCUUGAGAUCCUCAAUGCCCACUUUGAGAAGAACACACACCCUUCUGGGCAGGAAAUGACCGAAAUUGCUGAGAAGCUGAACUAUGACCGAGAAGUAGUUAGAGUUUGGUUCUGCAAUAAGAGGCAAGCCCUGAAGAACACAAUUAAACGCUUAAAACAGCACGAGCCGGCCACGGCAGUCCCUUUGGAGCCCUUAACAGACUCUCUGGAAGAAAACUCCUAAAGAGAUGCCCACCCAUAAUCAGAAGCAAAAUUCACAGAAACUAAACUCCACCCUUGGGACUCCACAACAACAACAACAACAAAAUUUAAUUUAAUUUAAAAAUAGCCCCAGUUGUCAUCACCCUUGUAAGUAAAUGACUAAGAAAACUACCAAGGGACAGAAUGGUUUCUACAUGUCCGUUGGUUUUCCAAAAAGGAAAGAAGAAAAUUUUUAGAAAAUUUUUAAACAAGGAAUACACCACACUGAAGGUGUGUGUGGUAGGAUAGUUCCCUUCCCCCACCUGUCUCCCCCAAAGCCAGUUUUUUAAUGGACUUAAAGCAAACCAAAUAACCACGUACUUUUUUCUGUAUAUUAUGAAAAUGUGAACACAUUUUAAGGAAAAAGAAAAAAAAAAAACUAAACCAAAAACCAACAACGAAGGAACAAAAACUUUGAUCUGUUCAAAGCGAAUACAAGCCUGCCACCUGGAGGAAGGACUGCACCCCUUCAGGUACUAAGUGCUGAUUCACUAUGAAACCUAUUAACCAAAGUCAGAAACAUGGCAUUGCAACGCGAUCGUUCGUCUACGCUUCUCCGCGCGUAAAGUUGUGUUACGAAUUUUUACAUUUGUACUAACAGAACAACAGGAAGCCUGAUUUCUCCCAUCUUUCCCAUCUAUUGUCUCCACCCAUGGGGUGGGUACCAUUGUUGAAGCCAUUCUGUGAGGCUCACUAUUGGGUUUUUUUGUGGGGGUGGUGGGGAGGGUGGUCUUUUUUCUUUGUCUUUCUUUUUCACGGGAGGGCAUCCUGGAUCGUGUGCCAAAGCAUUUGUUGCUUUUUUCUCACUAUGACUUGUGGGUUUGAGAAAAGAAAAUGGAGCUGGCAUUUCUCUCUUUUCCUCCAUUUCUCCAUCUCCCUCGCGCGUGGCUCCUGGGGUCUGCUGGAAGGCCACAGAAGUGGGGAGAAACAGUGUCUUUUCCACUCAGAUCCUAGUGAAAUGCAGGAGAGACUCCAAAAUAACUAGGGCUUUGCUCGAUGAACUGUCAACACUGGCAUAAGCUGUAAUUGUGCUCACUGUCCACACCAGAGCUUGGGAUUUUUCUCAGUCUGUUGGCCACGUACAUGGAGAGCUGACCAAAACUAAUUUUGUAAUAUAAACAUAAGCUGCACAUUUGGUUCAAUACUUACAUCUAUGUUAUGCUUCUGUGCAAAGCAAUUUCUCUCAGAAGUCUGAUAGCCAAAGAAAUGUCUCAAGAUUUCAGUCAAAUACACACAUGGCAUGCACACACCCAUAAACACACACACAAAGAUACAGGCUAAAAAGAAAGUGAUAGCAACUGGAUCAUUAAAGGCCAUCGUGUAUCCUGUUAAUCUCAUCUUUUCUGCUACUUCUUUCAUUUCAAUAGCGAUGGCAGACUUUUUUCAGGGGGAAUAAUUACUCUUCGGGAUAUAUAAAUGGAGCAGAAAGGUGGCGGGCAAAUUUAAACAACUGGAAUUGGGGGCCAGGUUCUUCAGGGGAAAGGAAGUUUGAAGAAGCUUUCACCAAAAGAAAAAAAUAUAGAAGGGGCUUAUCUAACACAUCAGAAUAGCCUACAAUAUGAGAACUAGAGGAUUAUUUCCUUUAAAAAAAAAUAACUUAAAAGAUCUGUGGGCCACAAUAACCUAAUAAGCAAGGACAUGUUGGGAUGUGAGGACGGCUGUGCAGGUGAGCACUUGGCAGCUGCCACUGGUGUUUUCACCCAGGUACAGGCAGACGGUGUUCCAUUAAAGGAGCAGGCAAAAGAGAGCUGUCAAUUUGCUUGCUGUUGAAAUGUAAAUAUUUAUGCAUAAUUUAUAAUCAUGCUAAUGUAUUAUCUAGAAGUAAGUUGUGAAAGAAAAAAGAGAAACCCAAUCUCAAGUUGCCCAACUGAUUAGAAAUGCUAUCUCCCUCCCCUAAUACACUCCCUCUCCCCAGGGAGUUUGAGUUUCUUCUGUUGGCUCCUUUGCUGUUUGUGUAAAUGCUACAGUAUAAUUGUCCCCUCCAAUGAUUCAUGCAGCAAUCAAGAGACUACCAGCAAGGAAACUCUAAAAGGAAUCCUGGAAGUGGAACAAGUCACUCGUAAAGGUGUUUCCAUUUUACCAGUCAAUGCUAACUGGACCACAGCUAACUUGAUCUUCAAUGCCAACAUCACAGAGCCCCUUUCGCCACCUCAAAAACUGCACAAACACGGACAACCCAGAAACCCGAAACUUUAUUGAUUAAAACAGAUUUUGGAUUCUCCUAGGACCUGCUCCAAAUUCCAUCAAGAAAAGCUCCCUGCAAAGAGAAGUUAACAAGAUAACAUAUGAUGGAUGCUAAAUAUUUAAAUAUAUGCCGGCAGCGGUUACAUAAGGCCUGCUCAGUUCUGAGAUCUAUAAUUGGGAGGGUCUAACUAGGACAGGGAAAAUAUAAAAUAAAAGUAAUCUUCCAGAGUGGAACAAAAAAGAAAUAUAUUCAUCCCACAGUCAUAACACCAUUCAUGUGCAGUGAUUUUUUUAUAGUUUUAUAAUUUUUGUAUUGUUUUAUAAAUUAUUUAUAAGGUGUUGUAAUGCUUCUUAUAUUAAUUUUUUACAGAUAAAUUUUUUGCUACAAGGCAUAAAAAGGUGCCUGAACCGAUUCUUAGGAAUAUAAAUUAUACUGUGUAACUCAUAAGUCUUUGGGACCACACCUAAUGCUUAAUUUUAUGAUGACAUUUCUCAUGUCUACUUGUAAACAACUUCAUAUGCCAAUAGCGUUUAAGUGUCUUUUAUGUUUCCAUGAACUGAAGGUUAAGGUUGCCACCCACAAAAAAUAAAAGCCACUUUGGGCAUAUGUGAUUGUAUUUCAAGCUUCAGUAUUUUUCUCACAUAAUUUUUAAUUAUUGUUAUCUGCAUUUUCAUUACUUCAUGAAAAAAUGACAGUGGAUAUUACAUUUUACACUUGUUUAUAGAUUUUCUUUCUUUUUCAACCAAGAAAAUAUUUUGAACAAUUGAAACUUUUAAUUGCAUUUGCAAGGUUUUGGCUUCUUUAUGUUGUCAUCACACAGAUGCACACACACAUACACAUACAACACAAAAGAGAGAACAAAAAAGCAAAAGGAGCUAGGAAAAAAACAAAACCAAACAAGUAGAGGCGUAUCAAAGAACUCAAGCUAUAACCAAAAAGAAAUCGUAAAAUGCCUUUGCUCGUUUCUCUACGCUGGACCAAAGCUCAAUAUUUGUAGGUAUAUGCACAUUGUAUAGAUAUGGCUAAAUGUUGCUGACAAUCUCGCAAUACUAAACUGUUCCUAUUUUAAGAAAAAAAAAAAGAAAUACAAACUGUUCAUCAAUGUUUUACCUCAGCACUCUACUUGUACCCAGUUAAUGACCAAGCUUAAAAAAAAAUUGAGAUAAAGGAAAUUGAUUUUCAUUUCAAUGUUUGACUGUAAAAUCUGUUUGAAUAACAUUUUGUAAUGAGCUUUUUGUCAUGUGAUUUGCUUGUCUUCAACUUGAAAUUAUGUGAGGCACAUUUGUUUAUUUGUUGUUAAGAAAGUGAUUUUUUUUUUUUUUUUGUCCUAUGUGCUGUGAUCUAGACUGGUCACCGGGGUCACUUAUGAGGCACCACAAAGGGAUCUGCUUCUCCAUGCCCGGAGCAGGCAGCAGGAGGGAGGGCAGGAAACAGGACUGGGUUGCUUUGGAAAAAUCAUCAUGACAAGAAGUUGACAUGAUAGACUUGUGACCAAGAAGCCAAACUGAAUAUUUAAAAGCUCCUUACUUGCUCUGACAUUGAAACCAAAGCUGAUUUUAUCUGCACAGGUUGCUUAAUGUUUAAAAAAAAAGAAAACUGUACUUAAUCUAGAGCAAUAUCUGUAUGGUCAGUAAAGCUGCACUUUGUGUAUUUCUUAACAGCUUCAGAUCUGUCACUUUUAAUUUGUACCAUAAAAAAUAAAUAAUUGUUUGACAUGAGCUUCUAGGCUAAGUGUGUCUCACACUCAGAUAUGUCAUUUAAGUUGUCAGCAUUUUAAAAACUGUACGUUAAAACCCCAAAUGUUAAGGAAAGGAAGGGGUUCAAGACAGAUUGGUUAAUAUCAUGAUUAUUUUAACUUUUCAAAUGACAUAUUGUAUUCAUUGGGACUCUUUUGGUUGCAAGUUAUAGGAAUUCAACUGAAACUUGACUACACAUAAAGGUACUGUGUUGUUUGACUUAAUGGGAAGUUCCGUUGUGGACCUGAAGCACAGCUGGAUUCAGUGGUUUCAAAGAUGUCAUCAGCCUGUCCUGCUUGGCUUCCUUCUCAGAUGGAUUCUCUCACCAUUGACUCUAAGGCUUUGAAUCAUUGCGCCCUUCUCUAAACUAAGCACUGGUGCUGCGGGGUGGUGCACAUAGAUUCAUGGUCACAGGCUCAUUCCUGUCUGUGGGGGGAGGGUGGGGCCUCACUCUGACGACCCUGUGGGACCACAAGGAUUGAAAGAGGAGUACACAUAAGAACCGGAAGACAAAAAAAUAGAGCCAUGGUAAUGAGCAGACAAAACCCAGAGCCACCACAUUCUACGGCUAACACCCAGCUGCGUGCCGGGUGUCGUAGAGUUCUGUAGGUGAAGAGUGAUCUGCUAAAGUAAUGUCUGUAAUGGCACGUUCUGGAAAAUUUGGACAUUUGGCAUAUGUUCCUGCUUGAAGUUUAGUGUGGGUAGGAGGGGAGAGUGAAUGUUGUUAUAUAAUUCACUAAUUGAAAAAAUAGGAUCAUCUUGCUAAAAUACCAGUAAAAAAAAUGUAGAGUCAUAAUCGCCAUACUUUCAGUGACCUUUAGCAAACAUUUUUUAUGCUACAUGGAAAUCUGUGUAUCAACUUCAUACUGUGAUUGAUAAGAAGUGCUUUGGAGUGAGCAACAAAACCAAAAAUCCAAAUGACCAUGCAUUAUAAAUGAGCCAUGAAGGGGCCAGGGAGCUCCAAGCCUGACUUUAAAAGGGGCAAAAGAAAAAAAAAAUGCUGAUACUUCUGCCUUGAAGGGUGGGGAAAAAACAAAAAAUAAAGUCAUUUUCAAUGGCUUUCUUUCCAUAUUUAAUAUUCUACAAAUAUUAUUGGCAAAGGUCCUGCCUAUGAUUAUGCCUAUUAUGAAAUAUGUUUGACCUAGGAAACUCUAAAACGUCUUCUUUAAAAAGGACAGCCAUCAUUUACAUUUAAUCCUUCCAUAUUCCACAAAUAUCUGCUAAGCAUUUAGUAUGUGUCAGAAAAUCCUGUGUGCUGAGGACUCAGAAAUAAACAAAAAGAAUCUUUGCCUUCAGUAAACUCAUAUUCAUUGUGCAAAAACCAGUGAUAUUUCUCCAGAAAGUAAAAUAAUUCCAUGUUUCUUAUAGUAUAAUAUUUCAAAAAUAAAUUUCAAAACUAAAAUGAUAGGAAGCAAUUCUGAGGCUGACUUCAAAACUGAAAAUGGAUGGGUAGGAACAGCCUAAGCUUAGAAUACAAUCACAAGUAUCUUUUAAAUGAUUCCAAAAGCUGUUCCGAUAACAAUUUUCUACUAAACCAACCAUAUGCACACAAUAUAUUCAGUGUAGCAGGACAAUGGGUGAUGAGUUUAAUAAAGAAUCUAUGCUUGGAAAGAGUUCAGAAGCAACAUGUAGAUAAAACUAACACGUAACAAAGACAAGUCUGAGCUCCUCAUCCAUUGUUCUGCACUUCGAAAGGAGUCCAACCAAAUGCACCCAUUUGUCUUACCUACCAGACAUUGAGGAAAGCCAUGGUCAAGGGAAGAAGAUGACACCUAAGGAGAACUUCAGUGCACUGCAUGAAAACCUUUCUAAAACAUGUGAAAUAUUUCCCUGUUUUCUUAAAACAAUUAUUAACAUCACUUAUCCUCUUCAGGGCCUUUCUCCUAUUUGCUUUAUCCUUGUUAAUGGCUCUAUCCAUCAGCCACCCAAAGCAGAAGUCUAGAAGUCAUCCCAACCCCUUUAUACACACACACACACACACACACACACACACACACACACACACACACCCUAAGUCACUAAAGUUCUGGCAAUUCUGCCUCAUGAAUUCCUUUUGAAUCUGUCUCCUAGUCUCCAUCCCCCACUUCCAUUACUUAGUUCAGACCCACCUGCCUCUCACCUGGAUCACCAUGAUAUGCUCCUCCUAGCCUCUACAUCCAUCAUAUGUUUACCCCAGAGUAGUCAAAAGGCCAGUAUAAAUAAAUUUCUCUUUUGUUUAAAACCUUUCCUACGUUACCUUCAGAAAGAGAAACAGACUCCAGCACAGAACACAAUACCUUUUGCAACCUGGUCCUUGCCUACUUCUUUAACCUGAUCUCUCAUCAAUUCCCAGUUCAUAGAGUUAUGUCCUUGCCACACCAAACUUCCUAAAAUUUCUCCAAUGCCCAAAGUACUUUUGAUGCAAUACCCUCUGCUUGGAAUGUCCAUCCACAGUAUUGUUGACCUAUCUAAUUUCUACUCAUUCUUUAAGCCUCAAUUAUGUUCAGUUCCACAAAUAGUUAUGUGCCGGGCAUUGUGCUUCCUUCAUCAGAACAUUUAUCAAGUUUGCAUGUUUAUUAGCCACCUCUGAAAUAUUAAAAAAUGACUGCCAUUGAUCUCUGAGUGGCCUGUGGACUUGGCUUACGGGUAAGUGUAGUUGGCAAUAAGUUCUUUUAACUAGUUGUCAUUUGCAUGUGACAGAUCUUCCUUGUCUAAUAAGAGUAACAGUCAUAUUUGUAUCCUUUUCAAAGCUCUCUCGUAUACAUUAUUUUAUUCGCUCCUAACAUAAACCCAAAGAAGUGUGGUGAUUCCUGUUUUAUACAUGAGAACUAAGAAUCAUUAAAGUUAAUAGUCUUCACCAAGAUCCCAGAGUUCAUAGAUAGAGCUGGUUCUUCAAUACACUAGGAACUAGAAUAUUCACCAAGGUGAGGAUACAUUGAAACACAGUAAACUCUGAUACAGCCAUGUCUUUGAAGUGUCAAUGAAAACUACAGUAUCUGAUAUAUGGCAGCAGUUCAGGAAAGGCUUACUGCUGUGGAUAAUUACCAGUUAUCUAAUUAGCAAGUCCACUGUGAUUUGGGUGAACUUAGUCUGAAUGCUUACUGCUUGGCAGAAAUAGUAAAGGACACAUAAAGGGAAAUUAGAAAUGUCUAUAUACAUUGUAUUCUUCUAUUGUCACUGAGAUUUAGGGUCUCCAGAUAAGAAAACAAUUCCAAUGAUUCCAAAGGUAAAUGAGUUAAAACCAGUUGAAAGUGAAAGAGAAAAUCAGUGGGCCCUAGUCACUAAUCCCACUAGCAAGUAAAGACCAUGCGAUGCAUGUGGAAAUAGGAAGCUGGCCUGGGACCUGGGCUGGAAGCUCCAUUCCAGAACUUUCUUUGAUACUCUUAUGUCACUUUUAAGAGUUUUAGUUGGCUGGGAGUGGUAGCUCAUGCCUGUAAUCUCAGCACUUUGGGAGGCCAAGGCAGGUGGAUCACCUGAGGUCAGGAGUUCGAGACCAGCCUGGCCAAAACAGUGAAACCCCGUCUCUACUAAAAAUACAAAAAUUAGCCAGGCAUGGUGGCGGGCUCCCAUAAUCCCAGCUACCUGGGAGGCUGAGGCAGGGGAAUCGCUUGAACCCCAGGAGGUAGAGGUUGCAGUGAGCCAAGAUCGCGCCACUGAACUCCAGCCUGGGGGACAGAGCAAGACUCUGUCUCAAAAAAAAAAAAAAAAAAAAAAAGAGGUUUAGUUGUGCUCCUGACCAUUUGCCAGACCUGAGAUGGUCAUUCGGGAAGAAAUCACACUCUUCCCAUUGCCUUUUCUAUAUCACUGAAGUCUGGGAUCUGUGCAAAAGGAUCUGUAUGGGUUAAUGGGCUUUGUUACUGAGGUCACUGGGGCAUCACCUCUAAAAGAGGGGACGUUUCCAGGGUGUUUGACUAUUUGCACAUAUGCAAUGGUAGGAGAGCCAAUAUAACAAAAAAGAUCCAGAACUGAAGUAGUUCCAAACAACAAACUUCAAAGAGCAAGAAACUCGUAUGCAAUAAUAACACUCAUGGUGAACUAUAAUAUUGAACCCCUUUGCAGAUGCUCUUAUUAAUAUGCUAGAUAAAAGAAGCAGAAAAGAGGCUGGCGUUUCCUAGAUACCUACCAUAUGUAGGUAUUACUGUCCUCAUUUUCAAAUCCUGCACUAUUAUCUGAGAUUUGAGGCCUGCUUAGAUAUACUUAUGCUACUAACAAAUGU